AAAAAGAGAAGAAGAAAUAUAUUUUUACGAAAAUCAUUCAAAACAGAAAUAAUUUCCAAUUUCCAUUUAAGUUGGUUAAGAGUGAAAAAAGUGAAGUGUAAAAAGUGCCACGAAAAAUCCUCUCAAAUAUGGUAAAGAACAAUAACAAUCUAAUGGCCGAUUUGAAAACUCCUGCAAAUGGCCUCAAUGGCCAUAGUCCUUUGCCCAAUGGCAAUGGAGUGCUGGCCAAUGGCCAGAACGGAGAUGCUGCAUGUCCUCCAACCAGCUGGCGCGACACUCUAUGGAAUACUUGGGAUGCCUUUGCCGAUGUGGCCUGGUUCAUAAUCUGCUGCAUUGCCUACAUAUUCCAGGAUCUCUACUAUAUAGUCUUUGGUUAUCCUGAAAAAGAACUCAACACAGACAUUGCCCUAAUCACAGGUGGAGGCAAUGGCCUGGGUCGUUUGCUGGCCGAAAGAUUGGGCAAAAUGGGAACCAAAGUCAUCAUUUGGGACAUCAAUAAGAAGGGCAUAGCGGAAACAGUGGAAAUUGUGGAAGAGGCUGGCGGCUACUGCAAGGGCUAUGUGGUAGAUAUAUCGAAAAAGGAAGAAGUCUACAAAGCAGCCGAUGUCAUCAGAGAAGAAGUUGGUGAUGUCACCUUGCUGAUUAACAACGCUGGUGUCGUUUCUGGCCUGCAUCUUUUGGAAACGCCUGACCAUCUGAUUGAACGUUCAUUCAAUGUGAAUGUUAUGGCACACUUUUGGACCGCAAAAGCGUUUUUGCCCAAAAUGAUUGAGAAUGAACGAGGACACAUUGCCACAAUUGCCUCUCUGGCCGGCCAUGUUGGCAUUAGCAAAUUGGUCGAUUAUUGUGCCAGUAAAUUUGCUGCAGUUGGCUUCGAUGAGGCUUUAAGGUUGGAGCUGGAAGUCCUUGGCCAUACAAACAUACAAACCACCUGCAUUUGUCCAUUCUUUAUACAAGCAACCGGCAUGUUUGACGAUGUGAAUGCCAGAUGGGUGCCCACACUGAAUCCAAAUGAUGUGGCCGAUCGUGUCAUUUCUGCCAUUAAAAAGAACGAAAAACUUGCUGUGAUACCCGGUUUCUUGAAAUUUGUUUUGUCCUUCAAGUGGACCUUCCCCUGGGGUUGUGUGGGAGGUUUGUUGCGUCGCCUGGUGCCUGAUGCCUCGCCACACGGUUUGCCUAGCUCCAUUACCACUGCCCGCACAGCCCAAAGCAACGGCAAUGCCAAGUUAAAGUCGAGCCCCACCCCCAUCUCCGCCGAUAUAGCCGCCCUUGAUGUUCAGUUGAGCAACGUCACAUUGCCGGCCAAGCCACCCUCGAUGCUGAUCCAGCGUACACCCUCAUUGGGGGAACGUGUGCUAUGAGAAAUUUACCUUACGCCCCACACUCCCCCAAAAACAAAAACAAAACACUGUUUCUUUAU